GGAAAAAGCGCUUUUGAAGGCAGAAAAAGGGUGGGACUAUGGUGCGUCAGGCUAGUCAGGGGAGCUGCUCGGUGGUUUAGGAGCAGCCGCGGUUCGCUGUCGAAAAGGUUUCAAAAUGACAUCCAUAUUGACCUGUACUGUCAGAACCUUUCCAGCUGCCACAACUUGGGCUGCCCGGUUCCCUGUGAGGGCAUUCAGCUGUUCACACCAGUUAAAUACAGCAGUUCAGCCCAAGAGUAAGAAGACUUUAGCCAAAAAUGGGGUGAAGAAUAUUGUACUGGUGGAUGGGGUUCGUACUCCAUUUUUGCUGUCAGGAACCUCGUAUAUAGAUCUGAUGCCACAUGACUUGGCCAGAGCAUCCCUACAGGGCUUGCUGAACCGGACCAAUGUACCAAAGGAAGCUGUUGACUACAUUGUUUUUGGCACUGUUAUUCAGGAGGUGAAAACAAGCAAUGUUGCUAGAGAGGCUGCCUUGGGAGCUGGCUUCUCAGACAAGACUCCAGCUCACACAGUCACUAUGGCUUGCAUCUCUUCAAACCAGGCUAUGACGACAGGAGUUGGUCUCAUUGCUUCUGGCCAGUGUGAUGCAGUGAUUGCAGGGGGUGUUGAGCUGAUGUCAGAUGUUCCCAUCAGGCAUAGCAGGAAAAUGAGGAAGACAAUGCUCGGCCUCACAAGGGCAAAGUCCUUGGGUCAGAGGCUGUCCCUGAUCUCCAGAAUCCGUCCUGAUUACUUUGCUCCUGAGCUCCCAGCUGUGGCAGAGUUCUCCACCAGCGAGACCAUGGGUCACUCGGCAGACCGACUGGCAGCUGCCUUCGCCAUCUCGCGUGCUGAACAAGACGAGUAUGCCCUGCGGUCGCACAGCCUGGCCAAGAAAGCCCAGGAUGAUGGGCUCCUCACCGAUGUAGAGCCAUUCAAAGUGCCAGGCAAGGACACUGUCGUGAAGGACAACGGAAUCCGCCCUUCUUCAGUGGAGCAGAUGGGCAAACUGAAAGCUGCGUUUAUCAAGCCUUAUGGGACUGUCACAGCCGCCAACUCUUCUUUCUUGACCGAUGGAGCCUCAGCGGUCCUGCUGAUGUCAGAGGAGAAAGCUCUGGCGAUGGGCUACAAACCAAAGGCUUACCUCAGGGAUUUUGUGUACGUAUCCCAGGACCCGAAGGACCAGCUGCUGCUUGGCCCCACCUACGGUACUCCCAAGGUGCUAGAGAAGGCUGGCCUGACAAUGGCAGAUAUUGAUGCGUUUGAGUUUCACGAAGCAUUUGCAGGGCAAAUUUUAGCUAACCUGAAAGCUAUGGAUUCAGAUUGGUUUGCUCAGAACUAUAUGGGCAGAAAGUCUAAGGUUGGACUCUCCGGAAAAUUCAACAACCAAGGACCGUCACUGGGGCACUUUGGCGCCAAUCGCCGCCGCUUAGUAACUGCUGCCCACAGAUUGAAGAAGGAGGGAGGGCAGUAUGGGCUGGUUGCUGCAUGUGCUGCUGGAGGACAGGGUCACGCAAUGAUAGUGGAACUUUACCCACAGUAAUGGCACGGAGAACUGCAGCACACGGCAUUUCCUGAGGCAACGGUGCCAUUCCAGUGCACUUGCACAACAUAACUGUGUCUGAUCCUGACUAGAAAGGAUUUUUGCUUGACUAGAAAGGAUUUCUGGUGGCCUUUGUAAAUAUUUUCUACUUGCCUGUGAAAGCUAACUAAGGGUAGGCAGAAAGAGCCUCUGAAAAACUCGUAUUUAUGUCAAUAAGGGGAGUCUACCAUUUGUCCAACAUAUCAUGGUGAGUUUCUUACUUUUUUGAGAACAGCUUUCAGGAGUGCACUAAUUCUGAAACAGAGAGGCUUGCCAGUGAUAAAUAGUUCAGGUUUUAACACAAAACUUGUAUGAAAUAUUAACUUUUUUAAAAAAGGAUCUGUAAUCUGAACUGAAAUGAACUUGGUUAUCUUUUACAAUGUGGGGUUGGCACAACAUUGUUGAGGCAGCAGGAAGUAGACUAUGAACUGCAUUGGGGUACAGUGCCUGUCACUGCUUAUCAGCCUUAAUAAAGAAAAGAAAUAUUUA